UCUUUCACGUGAUGACUUCUACUUUUGAUUCUGUUACUUCAUUCGUUUUUACUGCUCUUUUACUUCAGUUAGUUUUAUGCUCCGUACUUUCUGCGAUUCGACGUUUUUUUUCCUUCGAUUUCCGCGAGUGCCUGAAAUAAAGGAGGUUGGGGAUUGGAAUGUCAGGCUGGUUCCCUGUCAUCCGGAAAAAUAUCAUAUCUACUACAUACAUACUAAAAAGCCAAAUCCAAGCCUCGGAAAUGAUGGAUAUCACGGACAACGACACAAGCAACGGAAAAGGACAACGAAUUUUGGAACAUGGAACACCCAAAGAAUAAGCGGACUAAUGAAUAAGAAUAAGAAUAAGUUUAUUACAUCCCCUCAGACAAACAACCAUUGUAUGGGACAGGUCAUACAGUUUUACAAUAACAAUAUAGACUUAUAUAAAAUUAGAAUAGCUAUUGAACUUAUGUGAAAUUAGAAAAUUGAUUACGUUUACAAUCCAAAAAUUCUCUAAGACUAUAAAAGCAGUUGAUCAACAGAAACUUCUUAACUUCCUUUUUGAAAACAUUAUAAGGUAAGGCCUUGAAUCUGUCAGUCAAGUGAUUAAAAAGUUUAAUGCCCUUAUACAGUGGUGAUUUUUGGAAUUUUGAAGU